GGCUGAUGGGGAAGAUGGCGCCCGGAGUGGAGAAGAAGCUGCUGGGAGCCGCUGGAGAGCCGAUGGAGAACAACGGAGAGGAGGACGAGGGGCAGAACCUGUGGUCUUCAAUCCUCAGUGAAGUUUCCACACGUUCCAGUUCCAAAUUGCCAUCGGGAAAAAAUAUACUGGUGUUCGGCGAGGAUGGAUCGGGGAAGACGACACUUAUGGCGAAGCUCCAGGGAGCCGAGCACAGUAAAAAAGGGAGAGGGCUCGAGUACCUGUACCUGAGCGUCCACGAUGAAGACCGAGACGACCUGACGCGCUGUAACGUGUGGAUCCUGGACGGAGAUCUGUACCACAAAGGCCUGCUGAAGUUCGCCGUUUCGGCCGAGACGCUGAAGGACAGCCUGGCCGUGUUCGUGGCAGACAUGUCCCGGCCGUGGACCAUCAUGGAGUCCCUGCAGAAGUGGACGAGCGUCCUGCGGGAACACGUGGACAAGCUGAGGAUCCCGCCUGAGGAGAUGAGGGAGAUGGAGCAGAGGAUGGUGAAGGCCUUCCAGGAGUACGCAGAGCCGGAGGACGCGGUGCCCUCUUCACCCCAGAGACGGGUCCCUCCGGCCGGAGGAGAUGACGAGGGGGUUCUGCUGCCCCUCGGAGAGAACGUCCUCACGCACAACCUCGGCAUUCCUGUACUAAUAGUUUGCACAAAGUGUGAUGCAGUCACUGUGUUGGAGAAGGAUCACGACUACAAAGAGGAGCAUUUUGACUUCAUUCAGUCCCACAUGAGGCGAUUCAGCCUACAGUAUGGAGCUGCCUUGAUCUACACCUCCGUAAAGGAGGAGAAGAACCUGGACCUCUUGUACAAAUACAUAGUGCACAAAAUGUACGACUUCCAGUUCACCACGCCGGCCUUAGUGGUGGAGAAGGACGCUGUGUUCAUUCCGUCUGGAUGGGAUAACGAGAAGAAAAUUGCGAUUCUGCACGAAAACUUUACAACGGUUAGACCGGAAGAUCCCUUUGAGGAUUUCAUCAUGAAACCUCCAGUACGAAAGCUGGUGCAUGAUAAAGAGAUCAACGCUGAGGAUGAGCAGGUGUUUCUCAUGAAGCAGCAGUCGUUGUUAGCCAAGCAGCCAGCCACUCCAACAAGAGGAACGGAGUCUCCAGCGCGGACCGCGUCUGGAUCCCCUCGGCCUACGGGACGCGCCGGACCUACAAACGUGGCGAGCGUGUCGCCCAUGACGACAGUGAAGAAACCCGACCCCAACAUGAAGGGUGCUGCUGCGAACGAGGGCGUUUUGGCAAACUUCUUCAACAGUCUGCUGAGUAAAAAGACGGGCUCGCCAGGGAGCCCCGGGGCCGCAGGGGCCACAGUGCAGGGGUCUGCAAAGAAAACAGGGCAGAAGCCGGCUUUGACUGACGUCCAGGCGGAGCUGGACCGAAUGACACAGAAACCGGACUCCACGCUAAAGGCCAACAACAGCACCCCCGCCGCGGAGAACGAGGCGUGAGCUCCUCCGAGAAUAAACAACAUCAAAACACUCUGGAAAAACAAAACCAUGAUUAUAGAACAUAAAGAAAACUGUAAUGACCAAAAUCCGCCCCCCCCACUCGUUCAGUACGCUGGGAUGACAUCAGGUGUUUGGGGGCGGGGCAAAGAGAGAUCUGAAUACUACAUUUGUUUAUUUCCAAACAUUUUUUGUGGUCAUGUUUUUUGUCGAGGCAGGCGUGGCAGGUUAAAACGAUGCAUGUACACACAAGUUGAUACCCCCCCCAUCUUCAUCAUCCUCCUCCUCCUCAUCCUCCCAGCAAACAUACUGAGACAUGCUGCUGUUUCUUGUUCUGCUUUACCUAUUGGAGGAUCGCAGUGGCUUCAGGUGAUUUAAAAAAAGAAAAAAAAACAAAAAAA